UCUGAAGGCUCCAGUGACAACACGACACCGACUCGGACACCUAUGGACCGCAACGACGAAAAUGAUGGGCAGCCGGCGAGAAUACCGCAGCAGAGGAGUUCUGUUCCGUCAUUUCUGUUCCUAAUAUUUAUGCUCUUCAUACUCACGAAUCACACUGGGGAUGAAUUUCUCGCUCGAAAUCAUUACCAGGAUGCCCUUCAAUCCCUCAACUACCAGCUGUCAAACUUCACUGCUUGGCUGAAUGGGACAGAGUCUAACUUUACAAUGCCAGACAGGAAUGCCGCUGCCACCCCUCUUGUAGGGUCAUUCAUGUCUUUUGGGUCUCAUCUCAAUUCACAGUGGGCAUCUUAUUUUUCGAAUGUGACCGGAUUUGCGCACGGCGAGAUCCACUUCUUCAAUAUCACCCCUCCCAGCCUUGAAUCUGCAACUUAUCCCUGGAGAACACACGCUGAGACGUUCAUGGGCGACACUAACAUGACAGAUCUCGUCGGUCACUUCGGAUCUUGGAAUUGGACUGGCUCGGAUAAAAUUUCAUGGAGUAUAAUGGAUCGAGCUCCAAUCAGCGUGAAAGGUGUUACCGAGAAGAUCGCCAUGGUUCACGGCAGAAUUGAUGUCCGUCACCCCGCCACUUCCGAUGAUAUGAAGCUGGAUUUUGAAGGCGUGCACUUCCUCGCAAAUGGGUCAAUAUAUGGCUUUGCUGAACCCACCGGUCGACAUAUAGACAUCCGCUACAUCCCCGCCUUUGUCCCAGAAGCUUUCCAGAAUGAUACUGCUCGGACAAUAGAACCUGAAUUGAUGUCUAGAAUUAACAAGGUGAAAGAUAUGAUUGAUGCGGGUGUUAUCGACCAGGAUUCAACCAGUAUGCCAAAGCUACCUGUGUCUGUCACACUUCUAACGGUGCUUGCAGAUGGGGAAUCGCAAGGAGGUUGUGGAUUCAGCGUUUACGCGCAAAUUGCGCCGUCCGAGAUACCCGUUGAGGAUAUGGAAGACCUUGAAGACGAAUUACAGAAACCAACGGGGAGAUGGACAGUGAAACGUCCGCCUCUCAAGCUCAAUGGUGUACUUUUGAGUCGAGAAUGUGGUAUUUUAUAUAACUUGCAUGACGCGGAAGGAUUAAGGUCUCAGUUGUUCUUCCGGAAGGUUGCCACAUAUGCCGGUAUCUCAGCUUUUGUGUACCUAGUGCAGUUACUACUGCUCUCUCGUCAAGUUGACCAAAGUCGUACUCCUGCUGGAUUGUCUCGUGUGUCCCUAUGGACGUUCCUUACACAAUCCAUCGUGGACUCCGUCUCAUUUGCUGGGCACAUCACUUUUGCCAUUAUUGCUAAUGGACGUCCUUCCUUAUCGCUUGUGGCUCCAGCAUUCGUUGCCUGCGUGCUUUUUGCUUUUGAAUCUCAACACGCUAUUCUCAUCAAUCAGGUUCAAGCCCCAGAAGAUGCAGUGGUGCUGCCCCCUCCCCGGCCGGUACAACAGGAACCGUCACUACCUUCUCAAACUGUGCCCGCACCAACGACAGCUCCUCCUCAAUCUACCGGCCCGACAUUCUCAAGUUUAUUGUUUCGACACAUUCGCUCUGAUCCCCAAGCACGGAUAUGGCUUGGAAUGUUUUUCUUCCUGACAUUCAUCGUCCGAGUCAUCGUGACUCCUUCGCUAGCGUUAGUGUUUGUGGCGAGCAUGUACUCCCUUUUCUGGCUGCCACAGAUUAUUCGAUCGGUGAAGAAAGGCAGGAGCAGUGCACUUACUGCCGAGUACUUGAUUGGCACAUCACUCUGCCGACUUUUCCAUGCUCUUUACUUUUUGACAUGUCCAAAGAAUGUGCUCGACGUCGAGCCUCGCCGUGGGUACAGAGUCGUGAAUCAACCAGACUUGACUUAUACUUUACUAGGUUGGAUAUGGUAUCUUGCGAUGUUCAUCUUCCUGCAAGUUGCUGUUAUACUGCUUCAGCAGCGUUUUGGGCCGGCGUUCUUCCUUCCGAAACGAUUUGCUCGUGCACAAGUGCACGACUAUCAUCCAGCAUUACCGCUUUCUGUCGCUGACCCAGAAGCACCUGACGAAUCUCUCGGGGACUGUGCUAUUUGCAUGGAGGCUAUUCAUACCGAAGAUGAGAAGCAGCUAGAGCAUGUUACUGGUGGAUUACUGCGAAAUGUCGGAGCAAGGCGAAGUUACAGUCUGGCUCCUUGUCAACAUUUAUUUCAUACAGAGUGCCUGGAGAAGUGGCUUGCUAUCAAGAAUAUUUGUCCUCACUGUCGCAGGCCCCUUCCGCCACUUUGAGAGAUCUGAUAUCUAUCAUC